AUGUAUAAACAGGAACUUGCUACCUCGUGCUUGAAGGAGCUAGACAUUAAAAAGAAGCAGGAAGUUGACAACAUAAGACACAUUGAACAAGCUUCUGUUGAUCUUGAGGCACACACAACGGCUAGUAAAGUGUGGCUGUCAAGGAAAUUCACUGAACUCCGGGUACUGCUUGAUGAAGAGGAGACCUUGACAAAGAAUUACCUAGAUGAAAAGACUCAGCAAGCUCUUCAGGCAUACAGUCAACAGGCAGAGUCCUGUAAAGAAAGAAUUAAAAUGCUGGAUAACUUCUCUGGUAAACUUAGGCAGAUACAGCAGCAAAGUGAUCCUGUUCAGUUAUUAGAGGACUACACAGAAGUGGAGAAAGAAAUGCAGGACCAGAGGAUGCCAGCCGAGCAGUGGCACCCGGUGCCUCCAUCGUUUGAGCAUGUCCUGAACCACUUCAAGAGUUUUGCAGCAGCUCUUCAGUCAGUUGUGAGUAAACCACUGGAAGCUCGUCUUAAAGAAGACAUUUUCAGUAGCCUCAACGCCACCUCAAAGAGGGAGCCUGGUACAAUGCUGAAAACUAUAUCUUCAGGUGAUCGUUCACUAUUCCUAAAACAUGCAAGAUCUCCAACCCUGGAAUAUGACAGUCUACACCCCAGGCUGAGGCUGUCUGAUGAUCGUCUUGCAGUAUCCAGUACCUGGAGGUGGAACUUUUACCCUUGCAGACCGUGGAGAUUUAAUAAGUUAUGGCAAGUUAUGAGUAAAGAUUCAUUCUUCUCUGGGAGCCAUUAUUGGGAAGUGGACUUGCUUCAGGCUGGACAAGGAUGGUGGAUUGGAGCAGCCUACCCUUCCAUUGGAAGAAAAGGUGACUCUGAAGCUUGUCGGCUAGGGUGGAAUAGAGCAUCAUGGUGUAUAAAACGGUUUGAUUUUGAAUACUGGGCAUUUCACAAUGCUGAGAGAACCCCAAUCGCAACAGAAGAAGAUCCCGAACGAGUUGGUAUAUUUCUAGAUUACGAAGCUGGAAUCCUCUCGUUCUAUAAUGUAACUGAUGGCAUGGCCCACCUGCACACCUUCCGCUGCAAGUUCACAGAGCCUGUUUACCCAGCCCUGAGACUCUGGGAAGGGACAAUAACAAUAUGCAAGUUAACUUAGAAAAUAGUGAAACAGCAGAAUGAAAUGGAAUAUGCUUUGCAGUUUUUUGCAUGUAAAACCACUGCAGUCAUAAUGUAGGUUUAAAAAAAAAACCCUAUUAGGAAUACCCAUAGGUACAUUUUUGUCUUAGUGUUGAGCACUCCCUAGGAUGUGAUUCUUUAGUAUCCAGGCUGCAUAAAUAAAGUCAACUAAGGUUUUUGUCAAAUCAGUCACUACUUAAGGGACUAUUUUAGAAGGGUGAUUUUAAUAAUUGUAUUUUCAUUAACAGUAAAUACUUUCUAAUAGUGAA